AUGGCACCGGUUCAGGACACUCAGUUAGAGAAAGUCGUUGAUGAGGUGUUGAAGAGUGGGCAGGUCCAAGCACUGGAAGUAUUCUUACAAAGGAACAUUUGUGAAGGGACCGUCAUAAAAUGUUCCCAACAGUUUCUCACCAAGUUGGAUAAGCUUGUCACCAGGAGUUUGGAUAAAAACGAUUCAAAGUCAGCCAGUUUGGGUCUCACUAUCCUCUACAAAUGUGGGAAAAAGCUAAAACGACCUGGUGGUUGUCAAGGACUGUCAGGAAUAAUCGCUCAAGGCCUGAUCAAAAAGAUGGUGCAGUGGUUUGAGAAAUGCAGGCAACUAUGGAUUAAGUGUGGCACACAGUGGGACGAGACCUUGUUCAACCUCUCUGAAGACUUCUUUGAUGCCUUAAUGGUGGUUCAUCAAGCCUGCAAAGAGGGAACAUAUCAAAUCACAGGGUCCUUUCUUUACCCUGUUGGUCAAUUGGCAGCAGACCCAAGAAUUUACAUCCUGAUCCAAAAAGAGGCAAUACGCAAAUUCAACUUAAUUCUGGACAAGAUCCCAGUGGAGUUUAAGAAAGAGAAGAAGAUCCUAAUGUCUCAGGAGGCCUCAGAUAUCAUGAUCAAGCUGGCUGGUCAGAUAUUGAAGGGAGGUGAUUACGACCUGCAGACAGCCCUGAUGGAGGCCUUGUGCAGAAUGGCUACUCCUGGCCAGAGGAAGGAGCUGGCACAUCGAUGGUUCAGCAUGGAGCAUGUGGCCAGUGCUUUUGUCAAGAUCCAGGAUUCUGAGUUUGAGACGGAUUGCCGCAAGUUUCUGAACUUGGUGAAUGGGAUGCAGGGAGACGGGAGAAGAGUGUAUUCCUAUCCUUGUUUGGAGGUUUACCUGGACAAUAAUGAGCUGCUGAUGCCUGCUGAUGAGAAGCUUGAAGAAUUUUGGAUCGACUUCAACCUGGACAGCAACAGCGUUUCCUUUUACUUCUCUUUGGCUGAUGAGGAAGCACAGGAGAGCCAGUGGGAAACAAUUUGUAUCAAUGAGAAUGAAGUCCAAAGCUACACUGUUAAAGAGGGUGGCAGGAGCAAAAUCCUGCAUUUGAAGUUGUCAGAGGUGGUGGUCGUGGGUUCGGUGGAAGGCUCCAGUCUUACCAUCCACUUCAGCUCCUCCCUGGACAUCCUGCAGGCUGCUCGUACUGUCUAUGGACACAGCAAGAACCAAGGAUUUGUGGGGAAGACAGGCAUAUCUGUAGUAAAGACUACAGUUAAAAUACAAAUGGAAGAUAGCAUCUCCCAGGUUGUUCCAGAGAGUCAGAUGUCCUUUGGUGAAAGUGAGAAAAACACUGUUCCCUACCUAUUGGCCCCAGCUGCACCUUUACAGAUGGUGACUCCAACCAGGAUGAGGAUUUCAGAGUCUACCACCUUCAUCAGCAGUGGAGCAGGAGGAAGUGUGCAUCUUGCUAAUUCCCGCUCUGCUGUCCUGUCAUCAAGUACGUCCAAGGGUAAAGUGAAGCCGUCUCUGGAGAUGGUUCGUUCGUGUGAUAGGCAAGGUGAAUCUUACCUCGGAGAGCUCUGGAUGGCUGCUAAGACCUGCACUAAUGGCACAACACCUAACAGCACAAUAACAGCAACAGAUGGCAUGACAAAGCAGAACAUACCACUGGCAAAAGCAGUGGAAAUGGUUCUAUCUGGACAGGGAGAAGAGCAGUCUCUGGAUCCUAGUUUUGUUCCUGACAGCCAACCCAAACCUGGGAAAAGCAUAUCUCUUAACUGGAGCAAACUGUCCGUUUCUGAAAUGCUAAUGAUGCCCACACAGAAAAUCAACUCUCUGCCAAGACCUGAGUCUCGUUCAAGUUCGGUACAACAUCAGGACCGCCCUUCCUCAGCUCAGAGGUCUUCGGUUUCAGACAAACACAGCCAAAAGCAGCUCCAUAGUGAACUCACCCAGCGCUUGCAGCAGGUCCUCUGUGAGAGGAACCAAGAUCCGGCACCACAGGAGCCUCGUGCAGCACAGAGGAAAGCGUCUGAUAUUAAAGAUGACGCCAAAGGCAGGCGCACUGCAGACCCGAGUGCCACACCACUGUGUGGUCCCAGAGAGCAGCAGGCCCACAAAAAUAGCCUGGCCAAACGGAAGCGCAAACACCAGAUGUCCUUGCAGGAAGAUGCCGCUCCAAUCAAAGCUCCAGACAAGGCCUCCACAAGUAAAGCUCUGCAGAAGAGAGAACCAUCGGACGUUAAGGAUAAAACCAGUAACACCCUUUCAGGCAAAGAGAAGAGGGAUGCAGAGGUCACAGGCAGCAUGGUGAAGCUCAUCUCUAGCCGUUAUGAGAUUACCACCAAACCUUCAGGAAAAGAAACUGCAGGAAUGAUCCCUAAGAGCUGGAUCCCUCCUCUUGUCAACAGGCCUAUCUUCAAUAUGAACUGGUUAUCGGGUGCUAAAAAGGAAAAGUCUGGAACUGUAAGCCUCAUGAAGUCCCACAGCAAAACCAUAACAGAUUCUACACGUCAGAGAAAGGAUAUUUUUGCAUUCAACGUUGAUGCACCAUUGAGUGCUCGGGGAAAGAAGAAAUCCCUCUCCAGCACUUCUUUCAUAUCAAGCAGUGGCAUCCAGGACUCAUCAGCACUCAGCGCAACCAAGAAAGGAGAACCUGUGGCAAAACAGAAGCGGCACGUGAAGAAGCAUCUGUUCAGUGACACCGACACAGACUAUAUCACCACAGAUGUUAGCUGGCUCAAGGAAUCCAACAGGAAACCCAAGCCCAAAGUUACCACAUACUCCAGGCAGGCUCCUGUCAGGCCUAAAGCAGGGUCCCCUCACACUUCAUAUGAAUCACCAGGAUCACCCCUACCCUCUAAACAACCUGUCAAGGGCACUACCAAACUGAAAAAGCAGAAGCCUGAGAGAGUGGAGCAGCCGAAAAAGACAUCGAAGCCCGCAGCAGCAGCAGCAGCACCACCCCGCAGAGCUCAUGCAGCAGACAGGAGGCCCAGGAGAACUGCAGCCAUCUCUACCAAGAGCUACAGGGAGCCCGACACUGAUGACAGCCAGUCAGAGUCAGAGAAACUUGCAUCUCCCAAGAAACAUAUUGUAGGCCAGCAGGGGAAGGUGGAGAAGAGCCGUCUAGAGGUUCCAGAGGUGAAGAAGAGAAAGAACUCCUCCUCUGAACAAUCCACAGAUACACACCGCAGACCGGACAGCAACCACCAGUCGGGUCUGAAAAAGCCAUCUGGUCUGAAGGAGUUGCGGCCUAAGAAUGUUCUUCCAGAAACUUUGAAGUUUAACAAGAAAAAUGACGCCCUUGCCAAAGAUCAGAUGAAUGGAUUGAAGGAUUCCUGGGCAGCCCGCCAGACCUCUUUCUGUCCGUCCCCUCCUCUAAUCGAGAGGAUGAGAUCUGCCGAGAGGUCAGCCCCAACCUUGGGUUUGACCUGCUCCCCUCUCCUCAGCCCGCGGGGAUCCCCACUCCCUUCCUCCCCUGACCCUCCCUGCGAGGACACCCCCUCGCCAAUCCUGCUGCAACCCAAACCUCGCUCUACACUCAGCACUAAGGGGAACUUCAGGCUCUCCUCUUUCUGCAGUGUGGAAAAGAAGCGCAGCUCAUCCAAAACUCACUCCAUCCAGUCUGUUCGCUCUCUCCCUACACUCGCCCCCAAAGGUCAAACCCCCGCUUCUGGUUUCCCCACUGGACUUUGUGCAGCCGAGACAAGUCCAAUCCAGCAGAGUCUACACUCAGUGCCUCCAUCGCCUUUGUCUCCGUCCACUGAGCCCCUGUUGACAUCCACCCUCCUCGAGCUAGAGAAGCCGUACAUGUCCUCUCCUCCUCAGUCUCCAAACCCUGAAAUCACCGUCAGCCGCAGCAGCCAUUAUGGCUUCAGAAAAAUGUCUUCAGUAUCCUGGGUUUCCAGCCAGUCGUCCACUAAGUCCUCAGACCUCCCCAGUCAAGUGAAGGAAAGCCCCAAUGAUGCCCUGUCUCUGUCUCAUAAAACAGAGAAAACACCGUCUUCAGACCGAGAACAAAACUCUGAACAUCUUCUUAUCUCAGGACCAUGUCGCAAGCGCCACAUCUCAUCGUCGAGUAUUUCUGAGGAAGAUGAGAAGAAGAAAAGCAAGAUGAGAGGGCAGCGCUCUCCUCGGAUGAAACCAAGGAAGCUGUUCAAGUCCUUCACUGGGAUGUCUGCUGACACUGAGGUGAGCCACGUGAUGUCUUCCUCCCACACGCUGAGCUCCAGUCACUGCUGGGAGGCUGAGGUGGGAGAUGGAGACAUGGAUGAGGACUUCGAGUUACCUAAGCUUGCUAUGAACAAGAGUAGCAUGUUCCAGCAGUUCAGCAACGACCUGAAGAAGAAGUUCAAGAACCGUCACAACAUGGUGGAGGUUUACAACACGCAGACUCUGAAGACCGUCCAGCAGCAUGUCUCCUCCCUCAACAGGCAGGUCACCAAACACAGGACUCAGAGGCUGGAACAGGUUCAGAAGGUCCUGCUGGACGAGAUCGGCAAACUGGAGAAGAAUGACACUGUGCUUAAAAGCAUGGAGAAAGACCUGACCAUGUACUGGAAAAAGCAGGCUGUUGCUUUCCACUCUUACCAGGAGCGGGAAACCAUGAGUUUUGCUUAUGUCAUUGUCUCAUGUGUCAACUUGUCCCCUGUUUGUCCUGUCUGUCAUAUUCUGUUACCACCUCUGAAUCGUUGCUGCUCUGCCUGCUAUUCUCAGAUGUGCCUGAUAAGGAAAGACAUGAAGUCAGUUCAGGACAGACUCCUCAGCGAGAUGCAAGAGGGGGAGAUCAGCAGUGUGAAGAGAGGCCUGCAUGCUUUGUUUUUCCCCUGAUGGAGCCACAUGUUGAGCUGAAAAGCAUCCUGCUGAAGGUCACUGUAAACAAGGUUGUGUAUUACACCACGUCCUGUACACUGCGCUGUGUCAAUCAGCCGUUUCAUUUCAAAGUGUUGAUUGCACCAGGUUCUGAUUUUAUUCCAUGUGGAUGUUUUCCAUUUAUUCUGACCUGGAAGCAUUGUUGCUCAAUGUUUGUUUUUAUUGGUAAAGUUAUGUUAUUCUAAUAUUUAUCACCUGAUUAAAUGUUUUAAUCAUUUUGUUGUUCUUGAAAGUGGUACGUUCUGCU